AUGUCCAAGCGCAGAGCCUCCUCUCCCUGCGAGAACCCCAUCCAGAAGAAGCCUUCCAUGUCUGAAAUCGCAGCCAGAGCAGCCCUCUCCACCGGUGCCACCAUUCCCGUCAAGAACGUCCCGGGGCGGAAGACGAUUCGGACCGUCCAUGCCUCAGAGACACAACUCCAGGAGCCCUCGAAAGCCGUCACCAUCCAGCAGACCCACAAACGAAGAGAACCGCUCCGAGACUUCGGUCCAUGGCAGAACGCCUCGACGAACAAUCUCCGCGUCAAGCGAGCCCGUCGCUCUCUGCCUCCCGUCACCGAGCAACAGCAGCCCUCCGCGCCUUUCCGACCAGGCCUCGCCCUCUCCAACCACGCCCUCCAAUCUCCUCCCGGAUCCGACACAAGGGGCGGCGUCUUCAUCAAGACCACCCUCCUCUUCCCCAAUUCCCUUUCUGUCAUCCUCCCGACCUGGCCUUCCUGCUUCAGCGUGAACCUGACCCCCCAACUCGGCCCACCACUCCCCACCCAACUAGCGGAAGACCUCUACACCAAAUACGUCUGCUCUUCCCCUCUCCUGCGCCCCGGAAAACUCCCGUACUUCCACCUCGGCGCCACAACGCUCACCGCCUCUUCCGCCUUCAAAUUAAACUUCUACCUCAUCCUCCCCAACGCCGGCGGCCCUCCGCACGCCAUCAACACCGGCCAUCUCUCCGACGAAGUCCUCCAGACCGUCUUCGACCACGCCCUCAUCCCCGCUCUACAGACUUCCGACCCGACCCGUACAGGCUUCACCUCCUGGAUGCAAGCCAUGAACGAAGCGAAUUUCAAACCCUUGAAAUCCCGUCGGAGAAGCCAUACCUUGACCCCGGAGGCCCAAUCCGAAAGAAUUCACUGCUUUCACCUGAACAGUCUCUGGGAGACCAUCAUCUCUUCGAUCCAGGAAGACGACGAACUCUCCCACGUGCUCGACGGCCACGUGCUCAUCGCGUACGGGGAACACGACGAGGAGAAUUCCUUUGGAGUGAAGCCCACCUGGGCCAUGUUCAAGCGUGACUGGGAGAACGCGAUUGACGUGAGCAAAUUGGGACGCGAGAGCAAGAUUGAUCUCGAAAUGUGUCUGGAACUGGAUAUGGGUGUUGAUGAGGAGGCAGAAGCGGAUCGGAAUAAGAAGUGGGAUGAGAAGAGGAGGGUGAGACGCUGA